CUGCACUUCUCCCCCUUCCCUUUUCCCCUGCCCCUUCCCCUUCUCCUUCCCCUCCUCCUCCCAUCAUCUCGGCAUCUCCGCACCGCCGCCGCCAUAGGGUUGCAACGUUGCAAGCCCUGCCGCUGCCCUAGUCCCACCAGCCCGUCCCAUUCGCCUACUCUGUCCUUGCGCCGUCGCCGGCGCCGCAGAAGGGCGAGAUCGGCGCCUCGGCGUCCUCCCCAAACUCUCAGAUUCGUGCCCCACCGCACCCAUCCUUGCAUCUGCAUCGGAGCCGCAGAAGGGCGGGAUCGGCGCCUCGGCGUCCUCCCCAAACUCUCAGAUUCGUGCCCCACCGCACCCAUCCUUGUAUCUGCAUCGGCGCCGUCUCGCUCCGCUUCCGCUUCCGCUUCGGCCUCACCAAUCCCGCCGUAAUCUCGGCUAGUGGAUCGCGAUCCACGAUGCAGAUGGUUCUGUAGGGCGCACUCGCUAGGGUUUUCGCGUCGGAUACUAUGGACGCCGUGGAGCCCCGGGAGGGUUCCGAUCGGAUACCUGACGCAUCCCCUGCCUCAGCCCCACCGCCGGCUGCUGAUGAGGCGAAGACGGAGACCGCCGAUGGCAGCCCGGCGGUGGAAGGGCCUGCUGCGGCGCACGCAGCCAGUGAGGUCGAGAUAGGCGAAGGCAUCUCGGAGGAGCAUCAGCGUGCUUUGGUGCCCUCGGUGAGCGAGUCCAAGAUGGAGGUGAAUGAGGGCAGCAUUUCGGGGGAAGCGCGUGAUUUGGCUUCUGUGAUGUCUGAAGCGAAGGUGGAGGUGGAUGAGGGCGGCGCCACGGGCGACGAGCACCCAGAGGCGCCUGCAGCCAGCGAGGUAAAUGAGAGAAUCGUUCCGGGGGAAGUGCAAGAUUUGGCUCCUGUGGUGUCUGAAGCGAAGAUGGAGGUGGAUGAGGGUGGCGUCGCGGGGAAAGAGCACUCUGCGGGGUCGGUGGCGGGGGAGGUAAAUGAGGGAAGCAUCUCGGAGCAGGAGCGCACUGCGGCAGCUGUGGCAAGCGAGGUUAAGAUGGAGGAAGGUGAGGGCAGAGCGGUGAAUCAAGAGACCACCACACCUGCUGGCGGCCUUCAGGUUAAAGAGGAGGUGGGGGAACGCUUGGUGGGGCGCUACAUCGGCCGGAGCACUCCAGGGCAUAGAAGGAUUCUUAUUGGUAAGGUUGCAUCUUAUGAUAGCACUACUGGGGUGUAUGUUGUGGUAUUUGAGGAUGGACAUGGUGAGGAUUUGGGGCUUCCUCAGCUCCGGGAAUUACUCAUGGUUGAGGAGAAUGGUGCAUCUGGCAUGAAAGUGAGCUGCAGGAAGAGGAAGCUGGACUUGCUGGUUUCAUCAGGGAGUGCGUCUGAGGUGAAAGGGCCACCAAGUACUAGGCAAAGAGUCGAUGGAUACGAGAUGUCUGCCAGGCCUGAUGCGCCGCAGCAGAGUGGGUCUGGAUCGGAUAUGUCUGAGGAUGUUGAAUCUUCGAGCAAUUCAUCAGAUUUCACUAAAGAAGAACCAUCUGAGCCAUGCCCACCAAUACAGGCUGUGGAGUUGCCUCCAUCAUCUGGAGAUAUUGCUGUGCCAGAGGAGUCCAUAAGUUAUCUCUUUUCUGUCUAUAACUUCGUGCGAUCGUUCAGUGUGCAGCUGUUCCUGAGUCCAUUUGGGCUGGAUGAUUUUGUUGCAGCCAUUAAUUGCACUGUACAGAAUAACUUGUUGGAUGCUGUACAUGUCUCGCUACUUCGGGCACUAAGGCGGCAUCUUGUAACUAAAUCCGCUGAUGGAUCACAGCUUGCUUCAAAUUGCUUGAAGCAUCUAGAUUGGACAUUACUAGACACAUUGACUUGGCCAACUUUUCUACUAGAGUACCUCUAUGUGAUGGGUUGCAUUAAGAAUCUAGGGGGGCAGGGUUUUGGUAGAAGCCUCCUAGCCAUUGAAUACUAUAAACUUCCCGUUGCCAUGAAGCUGAAGGUGCUGCAAAUUCUCUGUGAUCAUGUCAUUGAUUCAGAAGAUCUCAAAACUGAACUGGAGGAUCGAGAAGGCUACAACGAUGAGAUGGAAUAUGAGAUGGAGUCUAGUGCGUUUUUGGAGGCUGGCUCAAGAGCAGUCUCGACUAGAGCCUCAAAGGCUUCUUCUUACAAAAGGAUUAAUGAUUUACAGAACCUGGAAACUGCUCCAAAUGUAACGAAUACAGAAGCUGUUGUAGCAAACGCUUCUCAGGAUGGCAACAGUGAUGAUUGCCGAAUAUGUGGAAUGGAUGGGACCUUGGUAUGUUGUGAUGGCUGCCCAUGGGCAUAUCAUUCAAGAUGUAUUGGUCAAAACAAAGCUUUUCUUCCCCAGGGAGAAUGGUUCUGUCCAGAAUGUGUGGUUAACAAGCUUGGAACAACUUCGUCCAGAAUUGAGCGUGGUGCAAGAGGAGCUCAAAUAUUUGGCAUUGAUAUGUGCAGGAGGCUCUUCUUAGGAUCCUGCAACUAUUUGCUUGUGGUUGGAGCAUCUUCAAAUGCAGAGUCUUAUGCAAGAUAUUACAAUCAUUAUGAUGUUGUCAAGGUCCUUCAAACACUUGCUCCCUCAGAUGCAUAUAUGGAUAUAUGCAGGAGAAUAAAGGAGUACUGGAAGCAUUUACUUGAUAUACCUCAGAGCGAGAGGUCAAAAAUAGGUAAAGAAGUCGGUGCAAGUCAUACUCCACAAUCCAAUAUGUCGAGUGUUACUCCAAGGAAAGCAGGAGAUGGAAGUGUUUGGACAACUUUAAAAGAUGGUGGGGACAGUAAGACAGUAGCACUUGCUCAGACAAAUGCUCAGCAGGAAUUUGUGUCUAAUCAAUAUACAGUGUGCUCAGCUGAACACCUGGAAGAACAAAAAUGCAUGACUAGCUUAGGUGCUGUCACCGAGAAGAAUAAUGAAGUUUUCAGGCAAACUUUGUCAGGUCAGAACAACAUACAUAAUGCAUCCAGAAAUGGAGCUUUUGGACCCUCUGUGGUAUCCUCAAUUUCUCAUCAUAAUGGGUCUGUUGUAGCCGGUGUGUCUAACAUAGCACAAGCACAGCCUGCACAGAGCUUAUUUCGUACAGACUUAUCCACCUGCGUUUCAGGAAUUAAUGGCAUGCCUAGGGAAGGUACUGUGAGCACCAUUUCUGCAAAGGCAGAAUCAUUUUGUCCAUCUUAUCAAGGUAAAAACUACCUUCAGCUGAUUGCUGAAAGACCUGGAAACAUGAGUGGUGGCAGGCCAGGAAAAUUGUCGUCUUUUAAACCACAGGCUUACAUGAAUCUGUACAAUCAUGGUAACAUUGCAGCAUCUGCUGCUGCCAAUCUAGCUGUUAUUACAUCUGAUGAAGGCAAGGUUUCAGCAUCCCAACUGACCGCAAACCCAAGGAAGAAAAUGGCUGCGGACAAUGCUCUACAACUGAAAGCAUUUUCCCCAGCAGCCGCACAGUUUGUUUGGCCGAGUACCGAAAAGAAGCUUAUGGAAGUCCCAAGAGAUAGAUGUGGUUGGUGCCUUGCCUGUAGAAGUUCAGCAAUUGGAAAUAAAAAGGCUUGUUUUCUUAACGUAGCCACUGCAAAUGCUGCUAAAGGAUCUGCUCGAAUUCUUAGUACCAUGCGUUUAAUAAAAAAUUCCGAUAGCCAUUUCCCCAGCAUUGUUGCUUAUUUAGCCAACAUGGAGGAAAGUUUGCGGGGCCUUUUGGUUGGUUCGCUGCAAGAUAUGCAGCAGAAACAACGGUGGCAUAAACAGCUACAAGAAGCUUCCAACUGCAGAGCUGUUGUACCCCUCUUGCUUGAAUUGGAAAGCAACAUUCGUGGAGUGGCAUUUUCUGCUAGCUGGUCGAAGCUAAUAGAUGACUGGCCUGUGGAACCUUCUGGUGUAUCUACUGGAGCAUCCCGUCCUGCUGCAUACCAAAAACGUGGGAUUGGUGGAAGGCGGGGCAGAAAACGUUUGAUGGCAUCUGAAUGUGGUACAGUUACCGAUGAUGACAACAGCUGGACUUGGUGGAGCAGGGGAAAUAUUUCAAAACGUAUUUUGCAGAGGGGGGCUCUUCUAAGUUCAACCAUAAGAAAAGCUGCUCGUCAAGGUGGUAAAAAGAGGAUAGCAGGUUUAUCUUACCAUGAAGGCUCAAAUUUUCCAAGACGAACUCGGCAAUUUGCUUGGAGAGCAUGUGUUGCAUUAAGCCAGAAUUCAUCUCAACUUGCUCUGCAGGUUAGAUAUCUUGAUGCCCACAUAAGAUGGAAGGAAUUCAUCCCUCCAGAUCAAAUUCCUUCAGAUGUAAAAAGUUCAGAUGCGGACUUUUCUGCUCUCAGAAAUGCAGUAAUCUGUGAUAAAAAAGUAGUUGAUAAUAAGAUAAGAUACGCACUUAAGUUUCCCAACCAGAAGCAUCUUCCUGUUCGUGUAACAAAGAAUAUUUUGGAAGCAGAAGGUAAUCGGGACGAAAAUAGCAAUUUGUGGUUUGCUGAAAACCAUGUGCCACUGUACAUGGUGCGAGAGUUUGAGCAGAAAGCUGGGAUUAGCUCCUUGCCUACACCAGGAAUGUUAGACGCUAAUUGUUUAUCCAAUUUCUACCCAAGACGAGUGAAAGCAUCUCCCGGAGAUGUCUUUUCUUAUCUUUUUCACAAGGGAGAUGUGUAUCCCUGCACCUCAUGCAAGAAGGAUGUUGCCUUCAGGGAUGUUGUUAAAUGCAGCUCUUGUCAAGGUAAUUGUCAUAAAGAGUGCACAGCCAGAUCUGUUGGUAGUAAAGGAGGCAAUGCUACUUUCAAUUUGAUAUGCAAGUUAUGCCUCCAGAAGCGGAAUCUUAUGCUUACAAGUUACAAUACAAAUGCAAGUUAUAUCCGGCCUCAACAGAAGAGUAAUGGCCAGCAGCCAGUGACUGCUCCCAAAAUAAUAUUUAAGGUUGGUUCUUCCCAUUCUGCUGAACCUGCCGUGAAAGUUGAAGCCCAGCCAUUUGCGAAGGUUGAAGCCCAGCCAUUUGCGAAUGUGAAAGCCCAGCCAUUUACGAAGGUGGAAGCCCAGCCAAUUGUGAAUGUGGCAACUCAGAAUAUCGCUAAUGUGCAGGCUCAGCCAAAGGCUAAAACUAAUAAGUCAAAGUCAGAAAAACCGAGAAAACCUAAAAAAAUUCAAGCAAUCACAUAUUUUGGUCUCGUGUGGAAGAAAAAUAAGAACGACAAUGAUGGAAGUGAUUUCAGGGCGAAUGAUGUAAUCCUAAAAAGCAAGGAUUGUAUAGAUUCGUCAAUAAAACCGAUUUGUUGUCUCUGCAACAAAACUUAUUCUCCAGAUUUCCUGUAUGUCCGCUGCGAGAGGUGCAGAAAUUGGUUUCAUGGUGAUGCCUUGCAACUUGAGGAAGAAAAAAUAGUUGAAUUGGUUGCAUACCGAUGCUGUAGGUGCCGAAGGCGGGCCAUACCACAAUGUCCUCAUUCAGAUGAUUAUAUGAAGCCUGAACCAGAAAUCAGUGAACAAACAUUUGCUAUGUCUUCGCAGUCAACUAUGCUCUCAAGUGAGGAGACUUUUGCUCUAUCAGACCAAGACCCAUUGCUUGCUUCAUAUGGAAUAGUUGAACCGAUUGGGGAAGAAACAGUAGAUGCUGAUUUAUCAAUGAACAUGGCAAGCUUUACCCCAGGAAGUAACCAGAAGCUGUCCAUAAGAAGAGCACAAGUUAAAAAUUGUGAAUACCUUGAUCAAUCUGGCAGACCUGUGAAUGACUAUUAUAUACAGAAUCAGACUCCAGGGAAUGCAAACAUCAAUUUCAGCCAUACUAAUGAAUUUUCUUUGUCAGAGGCUGACAGUGUGGAUGCUUCAGAGCUAUUGGGUUGGGAUUUUUCCCAAGGAACUGCAUAUGCUGCCCCUCCUGAUUUCACUGCUAAUUACCAGUCGAAUGACACUAGGUGUGGCAGCUUUGUGAUGGAGGAAUUUGAACCCCAAACUUAUUUCUCAUUCACCGAGCUGCUUGAAGCUGAUGAUUCGCAGCUUGACAAUGCAUUUGGGAUGUCUAAUGGUCUGCAAGAUGAUGGUAAUUGCAAAGGAAGCUUUGAUCAGCAAGGAGUUUGUUUUGAUGAAAUGUCUUUCAUGGUAGAAGAAGGAUCUUCAAAUAUAAAUUUCCCAACAAAUGAUCCAUCCCCUGACGAAGUAGCGUGCAACAAGUGCGAGAUCUCUCAGCCACCACCUGAUCUCAAAUGUGCGGUCUGUGGCCUGCACAUACACCGGCAUUGUUCACCUUGGGAGGAAAGUGUACAGCCUGCUGAGAGUGCCAAUUGGAGUUGUGGUGCUUGCCGGGAGUGGCGAUGAUGAACUUCAUUGCAUUUGCUACCGGAAUAGCAGAGUGGCAGCUGCUAAUUGUUUUGGCAAGUAAACACGACUCUAUUUAUAUACCCACCAGAUCUCUGUGAACAAGAGUUUAAUUUGGUUCCUGAGCAUGCUUUCUGUUUAGGUGGAAGGCAUAUCGUGAAGGGCACUGAGGAAUCUGGAUGAACAUUUUUCCAUCAAGCUGAUGGUAUGCAGUGCUACUGAUCGUUUGGAGGUUGAGGUUGAUUAUUUGACAUGAUUUUAGCCAUCAUACAUUAAGAGUAGCAACGACGGUUUCGGAGUUUACACUGUACAUAUUAAAGGAUGGGUCGACGAAGACCAUUUUCCAUUCUUUAGGCGGUUUAUUUUUUUGGGGAGUUUUAGGGCUAGGAUGCUGUUAGCAACAUGUUAUAUGGGUCUGGAAAACCAUAUUCAUGUAAAGCUCUAUUAUCUUGCAUUCUUUCUUGUUUUUUUCAGAUAGAAGUGCCUCUUUCUCAGAGUGACUAUUUUUUAUGCUUGAUAUAUUGUCUCCAUUUUUCC